AUGCCCCUAUUAUUUUUCAUCCUUUUAAUCAUAUACUUGCAUUUGAUUAUAUGUAGAAAAGAACCUAUCUCAAGAAAACACAAGUCCCUUUUUUUAAAUAAUACAUUAUUAAAAAAGAAUAAUAUAAAAAGAUGUUGUUGUAAAAUUAAUAAAAAAAGAAUUUUUAAUGUUCAAUAUGUCAAAGGUAUCCGAAAUUUUAUUAAUCCAACUAAUUAUGAAAAAAGAGAAUACCUAUUUAAUAUCUGGAAACAAAUAGCAAAUAAUUUUUCAUUCGAUUUUUAUGAUUUGCCUAUUUUAGAAAGUUAUGACUUGUUCAGAAAAAGUCCAAUAAAUGAAUCAUACGAUUUUAUAAAAAAUAACAAGCAUUUGAUAUUGAGACCUGAAAUCACACCACAGCUGAUUCGUUAUUUAUAUAUAAAUGAUAAUUUAUUGCAAGGGGAUAGAGAAGAGGAAAAUAAAAUCAUAAAAAAUAAAAAUAAUAAUAAUAAUAAUGAUAAUAAUAAUCAUAAUCAUAAUUAUGGUGAUAAACAUAAUUAUUAUUUUCAACAGUGUGAUAUUACCAAUAAGGUGAAGAGAGAAAAUACACAUACGAAUUAUAUAAAUAAAUGUAAUACAAAUCAUUCCUCUUUUCAUGAACAAAAUGAAAAGUGUAAAGACAGUUUUAUUAAUUCUAAUAAUGGAUUUAAUAAUAAUAUGAAUGCAUGUACUAGCCAUUUUAAUGAAAAUAUAUAUAAAAAAAAAAAAAUUUUGAAAUAUCAGAAUAUUAAUAAAAUAUUCAAAAUGUGUACAAUAGGACAAUGUUUUAGAUAUGAGCAAACAUCAAGAUUAAGAAAAAGAGAACAUUAUCAAUGGAAUUUAGAUAUUUUAGGUAUUGAAAAUAUAUAUGCAGAGAUUGAACUUUUAUCUAUGCUGAUAAUGUUUUUUAAUCAUAUUAAUAUGGAUGAUAAAAAUAUUGUUAUUAAAUUAAAUCAUAAAUAUAUUAUUGAAUAUAUUAUAUAUAUUAUAUUUCAAAAAGAUAUGAAUCCUAUAUUAUCAUAUAAUAAAAUUAAAAAUGAAAUAAAAAAAUUAUUACAUAUAUUAGAUAAAUUUUAUAAGAUUAAUAAGAGUACUUUUAAAUUAUUAUUAUAUAAAAACUUCCCAUAUAUAAAAAAAGAAACCAUACGACAUUUAUAUAAUGUUUUAAAAAAUAUAAAACAUAUAAAUCAUUUAGAACACUUUAUCAAAUGUCAUAAUACAAAUAUAUAUUAUAACAAUAUAGAUACUUGGAAACAUUUAAAAAAUUUUAAAAAUAUAUUUAAUUAUUUUGAACAAGCUAAUUUAAAUAAUUUUUUUAAAUUAGAUUUAACUAUAGUUAGAGGUAUGGAUUAUUAUAAUAAUAUGGUGUUUGAAAUAUAUUAUAAAAAAGAUAAAUCACAUCGAGCAAUAUGUGGCGGUGGACGUUAUAAUUUCUUUCUAAAUGAUAAUAAAAUUUAUGCAGCUGGAUGUGCUAUGGGUGAUGUUGUUAUAACAGAUAUAUUAUUUAAUAAUAAAAAAAAUAAUCCAUUCUUAUCUUUAUCAGAACAAAAUAAAAUAAACAAAUAUAUACAUGUUGUAUCUUACUUUCCAUAUUUUCAUAAUAUAACACAAAAUAAUAAUCAACAAAUACAUUCUCAUACAACUAAUCUAUAUAAAGAAUAUUAUAAUAUACUAAAUAAACUAAGAAAUAAUAAUAUUAUUGUAAAUUCAAUUUUAAAAUAUUAUUCAAACCUAUCAAAGGUAAUAAAAAAAGCUAUACAUAUGAAUGCAGAACAUAUUUUAUUUUUUAGCAAAGAUAAUAAUUCAUUUAUAUUAAAAAAUUUAAAAACGAAAGAGCAAAAAUUUGUCACAUCGGAUAAUAUCCUAGAUAUAUACAACAAUUAUAUAUCAACACAUAAAUAA